GAGUCACUUCCUGCACACACAAGGCAGGCUCCAGCCACCACCCCCCCACCAGCCAACUAUCCACUAACAGCCGGGCAGCGGCCGAUAAACAGGAGGGAGCAGCCCUCAGCCUCACUUCCUGCACUUCCUGAGGUGACAUGGAGAGGAGAGAGAGAAGCGAGUGAAGGGGAAGAGGCAGGAAGCUGAGCGGCUGCAUGUGCCCAUAGGUUGGUAGAUGGACACAGAGGGACCGCUGGCUGCUUUGCUGGCCGGUUUUGAGGAUGGAGGAUUUUUCCCCAGCUCGUCUCUGGCAUGUCAUGAGCUGGCUUAGCUGACCACUGGCAAGCAUUGAGAUUUUUGGACCCCUUUCCCAUGUUCCAGAACUUCCAACUGAUGCUGCUGCUGUUCUUGUAAAGACCUUCACGGAUCCCUCAUGAAGAACAAAGCUGCAAAGCAGAAGAGCAAAGGCAAAGGCAGUGGCAGUGCUUUUGGCUGCGACCUGACUGAGCACCUCCAGAGCUCCGGGCAUGAGGUCCCACAAGUGCUGAAAAUCUGUGCUGAGUUCAUCGAGGAACAUGGCAUUGUGGACGGCAUAUACAGGCUAUCAGGCAUUACCUCCAAUAUCCAGAGGCUACGGCAGGAGUUUGGCUCGGAGGCUUGUCCAGACCUAACGAGGGAGGUCUACCUUCAGGAUAUCCACUGUGUGGGGUCUCUGUGCAAACUGUACUUUAGAGAACUGCCCAACCCCCUGCUGACCUAUGAGCUCUACAAGAAGUUCACAGACGCUGUAUCUGUUAAAGAGGAGCAGGAGCAACUGCAUCGGAUCCAAGAUGUCAUCAAAGAACUCCCUGCUCCUCAUUAUCGGACCCUGAAGUACCUGAUUAAGCAUUUGAGACACCUGGCUUCACUCAGCUCCCAAACAAACAUGCAUGCAAGGAACCUGGCACUUGUGUGGGCACCCAACCUGCUCAGAUCCAAAGAGAUUGAGAUUUCUACUUGCAAUGGGGAUGCUGCCUUCUUGGAGGUGCGGAUUCAACAGACUGUAGUGGAGUUCAUCUUGAAUCACAUGGAGCACAUCUUCAACAACAACACAGAUCAUCCACCUGCAGAGAAAGAAGACAAUAACAGUGCAAGGAAGUGUUUGACGCUGCCUGCUAGCGUGCCAUCUCAACCAAUGAAGCUAGUGAGCCUAGAAGAGGCACAAGCCCGUUCUCUGAGUCCCAAUCACCCUGCCCGACGGGAGAAACGUGAAAACAGCUUGCCAGACACUGAGGCUUGCAAUGCUGCCCUGUACCACACUGUCAUUGACCUCCCAGAUAACAAGAGGAAGUUCUCAGGAAAGUCCAAGAGGUGGAAGUCCAUCUUCAACCUUGUUCGGUCAGGAUCUGAAUCGAAAUCAAAGCUGAACCGCAAUGGCAGUGUGUUUGUACGUGGACAGAAACUAUCAGAAAAAGCCUCCAUCCGCCCAGCAAAAAGCAUGGAUUCACUCUGCUCUCUCCCAACAGAAGAAGACGACAAGGACAGGGAGUUCAAACGCUCAGCAGCAACAGGAGGCUUUUUCAUGCCAGCCUUUAAAUCCCGAACGCUUGGCUCUGGAAGUGCUUAUGAUCUCAGCCAACGAGAUCCAAACUGGGAAAGUGAGUGUUCUGCACCCACGGAAGACUCGCCCAGAAACAAAGAGAAGCUAGAGGCCAAGGGAUCAGCUCCUCACCGUUCCCUUCCAGAGCAGUUAAAAGUCUUCAAGGGGGACGAGGUGAGUCGCUGUGAACCCACCUCUCCCAAGAGUCGGCGAAUGUUCUACUCCAGCAGUGCCAGUGAUGGCUCCUCCAAACCUGCCUUCCCCGGCAGCCUGUUCCCUUUGGAGGCUUCACCACGACAUCAGCGCAAAGCCCUGAAUAUUUCUGAACCCUUUGCAGUCUCUGUACCCUUGAGAGUGUCGGCUGUAAUCAGUGUGAACAGCACACCUUGCAGGAUGUCCAGUAAAGAUAAGCAGGGCCUACCCAUCAUGGAAGAGUUGCCCACUUCUGUUCCAUGCAAAGAGGGUGAAGAAAACAAUCUUUCUGAAAAUAGUACUACCAGCAGCAUCGGAGGAGGUGCCAUGAUGGCUCUGAACAAAGAAGACAAGCAUUCACUUGUGUGCACCACAGAUGAGCACUUGCAAAACAUUAAAACCGAGCCCAUUCCAUCACCAAGCAAAGCUUCAGAGACAGAGCUUCCAGGGGAGAGCUGCAUGGCACAAGCAAUGGUGUCAGCUGCUGCAGCUGAAGGACAGAGCAAGUCAGCAGAGAACUGGAUGGACUUGGACGCUGAUGUGGAUACGGCACCUCUGGUAGAGCUCCGGAUUAUUGAGCCUGAUGUGGACAUCAACACCAGCAGCUGUGGAAAGUGGCCUUUGCUGGCAUCAUCAAAGCAGGCGACCUCUUGCUCUCUUGAGCACUUAACAGAUGGCUGUGGAUUGGCAUCCUCAGAGUGUGGUUCAGGAUGUGGAGAUUUGGGUGAGCUAACAAUAACAGACACACCUUUGGGUGUUUUGAAUAGUCAGGCCUCUCCUCCGGCAGAGGACAGGGUUCAGCAUCCAGCUGCCUACAUACAGCAGGACCACCCCAGCCAUGCCAUUGCAUGUACCUCUGAACAGGACUCAAUCUGCUUUGGCACCAAGGAAAGUCUGGAGUUCUUUAACCCAGAAGGAGGUGAGGUGCUAACAAGGAGAUGUCCUGAAAGUCUGGAUGUGCUUGAAACACUUGUUCACAAUGGCUUUGGACAUACAGACACAACUGAGCAUGUAGGCCCAUUUGGCAGUUCAGAAACCUGUAGGAGCUCUGAAGAGAGCACAAGCUCCCUGGAACUUCAUGAACGAGAGGAAGAUGAGGUAUGGCAUGAAGGCUCAACUGCUUUGGAGCUGGUGGAGCCGUGGGAGGACCAGCAGUGGGUGACCAGUCCUCUACACUCACCCAAAGCUGUUUUUAGUUCCUGGCAACUCCCUGACUUCCCACCAUCUCCCACUGUGGACAAUCUGAUAAAGCCAAAUUCAAAAGGCUCCUCUGAAGAGAAGCAGAGACAAGAAGAGUAUAAGGUCACUAAGACAGAGAAAACUAGUGACUGCAAGUCUGUUGACGAAACGUCUCCUAGUGUUUGCAUACAGCCAGACAAGGAGCCAUUGAAUGCUAUUGUAAUGGACACACCACAAGACAGUGCUUCUCUGCCAAAAGAGUCGGAAAAAGCAGAUGGAAGAGGUGAGGACACCCUCAGACAAGCUGUUGAACAGCCUCCUCCAACAAAAACCAGUGUUGACACCUCAGAGACCCCUGCCAGAAAUGUACACUCGACACAUAGGCCAUCUUCUCUGAACUUGGACCUGAGGACCACUGCUAAUGAGCCGUUCAUCUUGUUUGGUGUGGCAUCUGCAGCUCCAUCUCAAUCCCCUUCAAUACAGGACAGCGCGGGGAAAACAAAUGCCAAUCCUUGUUCCAUAGAACUGGAAAUGUUACUAAGUGAGCGGCCAGCUCCUGUGCGCCGUAACUCUGCUCCUGUCAGCGUGGCAUCUGUCCGCACCACUUUCAUGGUCAAGACAUGCCAGGCAAAAGCAGUCCCAGUGAUACCACCAAAACUCCAGUACACACAGAUACCUCAGCCCUUGCAAACUAAGAACUCUGGUGCACGUGUGGAAAAGGAGCCUGAUAAGACUUCAGAACACCCAUCAGCUGUACGGGACCCCAAAGAUGAAAAGGAGAACAACGAGCCUACUUCAAAAACAACUAAACAUGGGGGAGGCAGUGGGACUGUAGAGUCACCGAUGCAGAAGGGGGUGCCUGUCACUGAGGCCAUCGUGCUGCGCAGGAAACGCAGCUCUAAUGGUGUGGCCUUCACUGACCCUUCCUCCUCCUUCUCCUCAAGGCCUGCUGGCAUGCAAAAGUCCUCUUUCCGGGCCAGGCCCAACCGGCCGCAGAGCCUAAUUCUGUUCAGCCCCCCAUUCCCCAUCAUGGACCACCCUCCAUCAGAUGCCACUAAACUACUCUUGUCACCCAUUAAGAGCCCCACUGACACAGCGGCACUGGGCUGUCUGUCUAAAGAGCUUGCAGAGAACCUAAAGACACCUGAGGGCGUCACUCUGCGAAGUAAAAUGACCUUACCAAAGAGUGGCCAGAGGCUGGAGACCUCAACUAACUGCUUCUACCAGCCUCAGCGUCGCUCCAUGAUAUUUGACAGCAGGAACAGCAGGCAAAUAGAGUGAGGCCCUGGAGGCUGAAGUCUUUCACUAACAGACAUGGUCAGCUGUGAGGCUGUGGCCACUCAGCAGUGGAUAAGGUUGUUUCCCAGAUGGUGUUUUUUUUUCCAGCAGAUUCAGACAUUAUUGUUCCCUGUAGUUUGUGGGCCUAUCUCAGAUGUUGUGGUCAUCCUUAGCAGACAUGGACAAUUGCAGAACGAACAGUGCUGUUUUCUGGAGUGAGACAGGGUGUACACAGUUAUUGGAAGAUGCAGUCCUGUCCAAGAGAUUGUGUUCACUCCUCAAGGGUCAUUGUCAGAUCUUAGAAUGUGCGGCCCUGUCCCAGAGUCUGUUGCCACUAGGAAUUUUUGUCUUUUGUGAGCUCAUCAGAGAAAAGGCCUUUGGACUAAUGAAGAAAAGAGUGUGAAGGUUAUUUGAAGGGCAAAAGGGGCGUGAAUGUGGUAAGAGUGAUAAAGAAAUACAAUAGAAGUGACAGAGUUGGAAGGAGAUGAGAGACUGAGAGUGAAUGACUAAGUGAGUGUGCAUUGGUGGUGCAAUGCCGGGUAACACUAAUUACGCUCGUGCUGCACAUGAAUGAAUGUUAAAUUGAGCGUGUUUAUGAUGACAUAUUGAGAAAUGAAACUAUUGAUAAUCCUGUGUUUAAAUGAGUGAAUCAUUUAAUGGGUGACUUAUCGAGAAAUUAAAUUAAUAAGAAUCCAGUGUUUUUUAAUGAGUG